GGAAGAUACAAGAACAGUGUGUCCAGAAUACUAAAGCAAAAGCACAAAUCGCGAGUCUUUCCAAUCUGGAGUCGUUCUUCUCUGAUGGCGAGGAACGUAGCGAGACAGAACAUACCGCUAUCGCGUUUCGGGGUCUUGGUGGCGCAGCUGGAGUCCAUAGUCGCGUCCGCCUCGCAGCAGUCCCCUGAUCCUCUCCUAUGCUUUGAUUUGCUCUCCGAUCUCAUUUCUGCCAUAGACGAGGAGCCAAAGGAAUCAAUUUUGUUGUGGCAAAGAAAAUGUGAGGAUGCUCUUUAUUCUUUGCUCACUCAUGGUGCUAGGCGGCCUGUACGCCAUUUGGCCUCAGUGGCAAUGGCAAAAACUAUAUCUAAGGGAGAUAGCAUUUCGAUAUACUCCAGAGCAAGCAGUCUCCAAGGUUUUCUCUCUGAUGGGAAGAAGAGCGAGCCUCAGAAAGUUGCUGGUGCUGCACAAUGCUUAGGAGAAUUGUAUCGGCAUUUUGGGAGACGGAUCACUUCGGGUUUGCUUGAAACAACAAUCAUUGCAACAAAACUUAUGAAGUUUCUAGAGGAUUUUGUGAGACGAGAGGCUCUUCUUAUGCUUCAGAAUGCUUUGGAAGGGUCUAGUGGAAAUGCAGCUGCUUCUGCAUAUACUGAGGCAUUUCGUCUCAUCACAAAGGUUUCAAUUGGUGAUAAAUCAUCUGUUGUUAGAAUAGCUGCUGCACGGUGCUUGAAGGCAUUUGCAAUUAUUGGAGGGCCAGGUUUAGGGAUGGGAGAACUUGACAAUUCAGCCUCUUACUGUGUUAAGGCCCUCGAGGAUCCUCUAGCAUCUGUUAGGGAUGCAUUUGCGGAAGCAUUAGGUUCAUUGCUUGCUCUUGCGUUGAAUCCAGAGGCACAGGUUCAACCAAGGGGAAAAGGUCCUUUUCCACCAGCAAGAAAACUGGAAGGUGGCUUGCAAAGGCACUUAGCUUCGCCUUUUACAAAAGCUAGUGGUGCUCGGUCAAAGGAUAUACGGAUGGGCCUAACACUAUCAUGGGUAUUCCUUUUGCAGGCUGUCCGUCUAAAGUAUCUGCAUCCAGACAAUGAGCUUCAAAACUAUGCAUUGCUGGUUAUGGAAAUGCUUCAUGCCGAUAAUUCCGUUGAUGCCCAUGCACUGGCAUGUGUUCUCUAUAUUCUACGGGUUGGCAUUACUGAUCAGAUGACAGAACCUACUCAAAGGAGCUUUUUAGUUUUUUUGGGAAAGCAGCUUCAAUCUUUUGAUGCCAGUCCUUCCAUGAAAAUCGCCGCUUUGCGUACCUUGUCAUAUACUUUGAAAACACUUGGGGAGGUUCCGCUUGAGUUCAAGGAAGAGUUUGAUAACACUGUUGUUGCUUCGAUAUCUCACCCUUCACAACUUGUACGUAUUGAGGCAGCUCUGACAUUACGAGUGUUAGCUGAGGUUGAUCCCACGUGUAUUGGUGGCUUGAUUUCUUAUGGUUUAACCACUCUAAAUGCUUUGAGGGAGAGUGUUUCAUUUGGAAAGGGAAGCAACUUGAAUGUUGAUCUUGAUUCCUUGCGUGGGCAAGCUAUAGUUUUGGCCGCAUUGGUGUCCAUUUCACCAAAAUUACCUCUUGGCUAUCCAACUAGGUUGCCUAGAUCAGUGCUUGAUAUUUUAAAAAAAUUGCUGACUGAAUCUAGUCGGAAUCCUGCUAUUGCAACAAUUGAAGAAGAAGCUGGAUGGUUACUUUUAUCUUCUCUGUUAGCUUCCAUGGCCAAGGAGGAGCUUGAAGACGGGGUCUUUGAUAUUCUUUCUUUGUGGGCUGCCCUGUUUAGUGGAAAUCCAGAACAUGAAAUUAAGCAAAUAGGAGAUUUGACAUCUAGGAUAUGUGUGUGGUCUGCUGCAGUUGAUGCACUCACAACAUUCAUAAGAUGCUUUGUUUCUGGUGAUGCUCUAAACUAUGGCAUUUUACUUCAACCAGUGAUGGUAUACUUGAGUAGGGCAUUGUCGUAUAUAUCAAUGAUACAAGCCAAAGCACUUCCAAAUACGAAGCCUGCAAUUGACAUACUCAUCAUCAGAACGUUAAUUGCUUAUCAGUCCCUUCCUGAUCCAGUGGCAUAUAAAAGUGACCAUCCCCAGAUCAUUCAGCUUUGCACCACUCCAUACAGGGAUGCUUCGGGAUGUGAAGAAAGUUCAUGCUUGAGGUUCCUGUUAGACAAACGAGAUUCAUGGCUGGGUCCUUGGAUCCCUGGAAGGGACUGGUUAGAGGAUGAGCUCCGUGCUUUUCAAGGUGGAAAAGAUGGGCUUAUGCCCUGUGUAUGGACCAAUGAGCUUUCUAGUUUCCCUCAGCCGGAGACAAUAAACAAGACAGUGGUGAACCAGAUGCUCCUUUGUUUCGGGGUCAUGUUUGCUUCCCAGGAUGCGAGGGGAAUGUUGUCACUUCUUGGAAUUGUUGAGAAUUGCCUGAAGUCUGGGAAGAAGCAACCAUGGAGAACAGCUAGUAUCUCCAAUAUUUGUGUGGGAUUACUUGCUGGCUUGAAGGCUUUGCUUGCUUUACAUCGCCAACCAUUGGGAAUGGAGAUACUAAAUUCAGCUCAGGCUAUUUUUCUGAGCAUACUUGCAGAGGGAGAUAUCUGUGCAUCACAUCGUAGAGCAUCAUCAGAAGGUCUUGGUCUUCUAGCUCGCCUUGGAAAUGAUGUAUUUACUGCCAGAAUGACUCGAUUGCUGCUUGGUGACCUCACUGGAUCUACAGAUUCAUGUUAUGCGGGGUCUCUUGCCCUUGCACUUGGCUGUAUUCAUCGCAGUGCAGGAGGAAUGGCAUUGUCAAGUUUGGUGCCUGCAACUGUGACUUCAAUAUCUUCAUUGGCUAAAAGCUCGAUCACUGGUUUACAGAUUUGGUCUCUGCAUGGGCUGCUUUUGACCAUUGAAUCUGCUGGCUUCUCUUAUGUGUCUCAUGUUCAGGCGACACUUGGCCUCGUUAUGGACAUUCUCUUGUCCGAGGAGCAUGGAUUCGUUGACCUUCAGCAGGGAGUAGGACGCCUUGUAAAUGCAAUUGUAGCUGUUCUUGGUCCUGAGCUUGCCCCUGGCAGCAUUUUCUUCUCACGCUGCAAGGCAGUUGUUGCAGAGAUAAGCUCAUCACAGGAAACUGCAACAAUGCUCGAGAGUGUCCGUUUCGCACAGCAACUUGUUCUUUUUGCCCCGCAAGCUGUUUCUGUGCACUCCCACGUGCAAACUCUUCUCUCUACUCUGUCCUCAAGACAGCCAACGUUAAGGCAUCUUGCAGUCUCCACAAUGCGGCAUCUCAUUGAAAAAGACCCAGUUUCCAUUGUUGAUGAACAAAUUGAAGAUAACUUAUUCCACAUGCUGGAUGAGGAAACUGAUUCAGAGAUUGGAAAUCUCAUACGCACCACAAUCAUGCGAUUGCUCUAUGCAGCAUGCCCUUUAUGUCCUUCACAUUGGAUAUUGAUAUGUCGUAACAUGGUGCUUGCUGUGUCAUCAAGAAGAAAUGCUGAAAUUAGUAACUCAGAAAAUGAUCCUUCGAAUGGUCCAGUCGGCAGCACUAGUUUUGGAGAAGAUGAUGAAAAUAUGGUCUCUACCUCUAUGGGCAUGCCAGUCCAGGGUUAUGCACUUCAAUCCUCCAUUGUAAAACCUAAUAGAGAGAAGCAUCUCAGAUAUCGAACAAGAGUUUUUGCUGCUGAGUGUUUGAGUAAUCUACCUACAGCCGUGGGGAACAAUGCCGGUCACUUUGAUCUCUCUCUAGCAAGGAAAAGAACCUCUAACGGCCAGCCAUCUGGAGAUUGGCUAGUGCUCCAUCUACAAGAAUUGAUAUCGGUUGCCUAUCAGAUAAGCACCAUCCAGUUUGAAAACAUGAGGCCGAUUGGUGUGGAACUUCUAAGUACCAUUGUUGACAAGUUUGAAACGGUAGCUGACCCUGAGCUUCCUGGGCACCUUCUGCUUGAACAAUACCAGGCUCAACUCAUAUCUGCUGUUCGUACCGCAUUAGAUGUGUCCUCUGGUCCUAUUCUGCUGGAGGCGGGCCUGCACUUGGCAACAAAGAUAAUGACAAGUGGAAUACUUGGCGGUGAUCAAGUUGCAGUGAAACGUAUAUUUUCAUUAAUUUCUCGUCCACUAAAUGAAUUCAAGGAUCUAUAUUACCCUUCAUUUGCCGAGUGGGUCACAAGCAAGAUCAAGAUAAGACUUUUGGCUGCACAUGCGUCUCUCAAAUGUUACACAUAUGCUUUCUUGAGGAGACAUCAUAGUGGGGUUCCUGAUGAGUAUCUUGCACUAUUACCACUAUUUUCAAGAAGUUCAAGUAUUCUGGGGAAGUACUGGAUCUCUGUUUUGAAGGACUACAGUUAUAUUUGCUUGCGCUUGAAUACUAAGAAAAAUUGGAAUCCAUUCCUUGAUGGAAUCCAGUCACCUGUAGUUUCAUCGAAGUUGUGCCCCAGUUUAGAUGCAGCAUGGCCAGUGAUCUUGCAAGCACUUGCUUUGGAUGCAGUUCCAGUAAUUGGAUGCUCCAAAACAUGUGUUGAAGUUACAUCAGAAACUAGUUUAAUAUCUGGAUACAGCAUGGUUGAACUGGAGUUUGAAGAUUAUCGGUUUCUAUGGGGCUUUUCUCUACAUGUUCUGUUCCAGGCCAAACAUCCUGUCCUUAAUAGGCAAAUUAUACCACUUGGCUCUGCUAAAGCUAUAUUUGGUGGUGACUCCCCAAUUGAAGAAACAAAUCCUCCAGGCUUGAAGUUAUUUGAAAUAGUGUUACCAGUGUUCCAGUUUUUUUCAAGCAAACAAUUUUUCGCUCACGGGUUUCUCACUGUAGAUAAUUGCCGAGAAUUGCUGGAGAUUUUCUCGUAUUGUAUUUUCAUGGACCAUUCAUGGAAUAGUCUCGUGUUAUCAAUUUUAUCUCAGGUUCUCCAGAACUGCCCAGAAGAUUUUUUUGAAAUGGAAAAUUUUUCUUAUCUAGCUGUGGAUCUUUGUUUGGCUUAUAUGUUCAAAAUUAUUCGAAGGACUGAUUUUAUUUUAGAAGAACAACCAAACUGGGAGGAGUUGGUAUCUCCGUUGUUUACUACAGCAAAGACACUUGUGAAGCGGUUUGAAUCGAAGCCAAAGCAAUUGAAGUCGGUGGCAUUGGCUUUUAUGUUAAUGGGUUACAAGUGCAUCAGAGAAGCUUCAACUGAGUUAUGCUUUUCAAAAGUUGUUGAUUUUGUCAAGUCUACUAGUCCCUUAUUGAAUGAAAUUGUUGACGGUGCUCCUGAACAUGGUUCAGAUGCUGAUCCCCAUUUGAGAACAUUCUUUGGGACUUGUCUGAAAGUAGUUUAUGGAUUGACCAAGGAUAAUAUCAAGGGAAUUCAUCUGCUGGAGAAAAAAAGAUUGGAGUCACGCAAAUUACUACAUAUGAAGCUUGCAUUCUGUCUUGAACAUAUCGUAACGUUUGCCAAGCUAGCUCAUGAAAUUGAGUUUCAAGGAGACAUCAAAGGCAGAAACCCCAUCUGUCUUAGUAUUGUUAGAAAUUGCACUAAAUAUAUCCAAACUGUAAUUACUGAUUCAAAUAUGCAGGUCCAAGCUAUCGGGUUACAAGUUCUUAAAAACAUGGUGCAGAGAAGCACAAAUAUUGAAGACAAUAGCUUCCUCAUGUUCUUUAAUGGAGAACUUGUUGGGGAUAUUUUCACAGUAAUGCAGAUGAUGUUGAAGAAACCUGUUUGUAAAGAAUCUGUAGCAGUUGCUGGUGAAUGCUUGAGGUUUUUAGUACUUCUGCAGACACAACCAAAAGAUAGUGAAGGUCAGAGAGGAUUUAUGAAUCUACUUCUGGAAGCCAUUCUGAUGGUCUUCUCGGUGUCAGAAAAUGAUCUAUCUCAGGAAGUUAAUGAUAUAAAGAGUACUGCCAUAAGGCUCGUUUCUCAGCUUGCUCAAAUUCCAUCCUCGGCACUUCACUUCAAAGAUGCCCUGUUAUCAAUGCCUGUGACUCAAAGGCAGCAACUUCAGGAGGUCAUUCGUGCUUCGGUAACACAAGAUCAUAGCUCAACACAGACAAAACCUGUGACACCAUUUGAGAUAAAGUUACCCAUGCCGAAAGAUCCUCUACCAUCAGUCAAUCCAUUAGCACCAACAGAGGUAACUACAAGAGAAGAAUCUCCAACACCAUCCGUAAUGCAACAUGAUAGUAAAAGCAUGGAAGAGGAUGAAGAUGAUGAUGAUUGGGAUGCUUUCCAAUCUUUUCCUGCCACUGCGAAUGCUGCAGGGACCGAGUCAAAAGUGGAAGGAGCUGCAGAAAGACCUGAUCUUGUUGAAUCACCUGCUUCCGAAAUCAGCACCCAGGAUACCACAUUUCAAGACUACCGCAAAUCCGAAUCUCUUGAGAACAUGAAAGACAUGGAAGAGUGGGAGCGUCAAGAGGCUGAUGAAGAGGAAGCAACUUCUGAUAGCCCAGGUGCCAAAAAUGAAAAUAAGGAUCCUAGUGUUUUCCAAACAGGUGAUGGUAACGAGUCAGAUAAAGAGAAAGAAGAGAAAGUGGGGACAAGGCAAGAAAUUGAAGGACAAGUGUCAAGGCAAGAUAAUAUUGGCAUCUCCUCUGAACCUCAUAUUGUUGAAGGUACAGGAAAAGCAAUUGAAGUAAAUUUAGUGGAAAACCAAAAGCUGAGAGAGGAGAGUGCAGAUUCCAAUCAAGUAUCAUCAAAUGAUCCUCUCAAAGUUGAAGAUUUGAUCGAAGUAGGUGUGAGGGGACAGGAUAUGAAGAUAAUGGAGAGCUUUGGUAGUGCAACUGCUCUUCCAGAAUUUUCUCAUAAUGAAAUUCAACAGGAACAUGAGAAUAAGACUGGCAGAGAACAACAUAUUGAGGAUGGUAAAGAUGCUGAACAGAAAAUGAUGGUUGAAAAUACAAGCACUAUCCAACACUCAGAUACCAUUGAUAGUACGGAUUUACCAAAAGACCAGGGUGAUGGCACUAAACUAGAAUCCAAGUCCAUGGAAUAAUACACUGGAGUAUAUGCUUUUGUUUGUUAUUUACCAAGGUUCAGGGAAAGGGAGUUUAUUUUCAAUAACAGUGAAAGUAACAACUAUAUGUUUUAAUCUGAUAAAUGCGGUUGAUGUAGAUAGACCAUUUACUUAGAAUAAUUCGUCUUAUUAAUUUUUUUAAUAUUUUUAUGAUGAUGAGAGCACCAUGUAGCGAUCAUAAGAAUGAUUCGUGUUUAAUAAUUCAUUUUCUUUGCAAUGAAAUUUUUUUUGCGAGUUUA